AUGUUCUUUGACAAGUUCAGAUCACUCCUCGCGGCAGCUGUGUGUACGCUUCUGCCCGUCCUCAGCAUUGCCGCGAACACCAGUGAUGCGGCCUUGUAUGAGGCCGAAGUUGCCUUCCUGGCGGACUUGAAGAGUCGUGUGACAGGAAGUCCCAACCACAACAAGCUGAUCGACCACCUCCAGUCUGAGCUCGAAUUGCUCGGAUUGACAGUCCACACUGACACACUCAACUUCACCUACAUGGACCAGCCAUUGACUCCACCCAUCCUGAAAGUGGGAGGUCAAGAGGUCGAAAUCUCAUCUUACGCUCCCUAUUCCGGCAAGACAAACGACACAGGUGUAUCAGGGACCCUAGUCGAUCUCAUUGGCCCGACCCUAGAGCCGAAUUGGACUCAAGCUACUGGCAACAUUGCCGUGCUCAAUGUCACCAACAGUCCGACGAAUUGGAGUUCGGCGCUGGCCCUGUGGCCGGGACAACCACCGUGGUAUGUCGAGACAGGCCUCCCAACAGCGACAGCUGAUGCCAAGAUCGCCAAUCUCACGGCGGCGGCCAAGGCCGGGGUAAAGGGUGUAAUAUACGUCUGGCAGCACAUCACGCCGGGAAAUGCUCGAGGCCAGUACGUCCCUUUCAAACGACUGUACCAGGGCGUGCCCACGGUUUUCGUCGCUGGUGACGCGGCGAACACGGUCCUUGCAGCAACGAAGGCGAAGAAAAAGGCACUGCUCACGCUCAGCGGUGACCUCGUUCCCAAAACGCCCACCCGGACGAUAUGGGUCGUUGUCGAGGGCACAAAGUUCAAAAACGAAUCCAUCAUCAUCAACACGCACACCGACGGCGUCAACGCGGUCGAGGAGAACGGCCACAUCGCCCUGCUGGCCAAAGCAAAGGACCUCGUGGCCAACCCGCCUGAAAGGACGACAGUCUUGGUCUUCGUGACUGGCCACAUGCACCAACCGGCAUUCAGUACGAAAGGACGAGCCACGACACGUUGGUUGGACGAUAAUCCGCAGUACUGGAAAGGCGGCGCGGGUCAGAUGAAAGCCGUGGUGAGCGUCUGCGUCGAGCACCUCGGCGCAGUGGACUGGGUUGAGGACCUAGGGAGUGGGAAAUAUUACUCUGCGGGCAAUCAGACGGAGGAAUUGCUCUACGCCAACACCCCGGAGCUUGUGAAUAUGACGGAGCAAUUCUGGAACGGGGCGUAUCCGGGCUUCGUGCGCAUCAACGACCCAAUUCCAAAGGGCGUACAGUCGGGUGAAGGAGAACCGCUCACCGAUGUGCAGAUCCCGAACAUGGCGCUCAUCACGACACCAUUGUACCUUCUUGCCGAGUGGCCGGAGGACUUUGACGAGAGACAGUUGGUCGAUGUGGACGCCAUGAAGAGGCAGAUCGAUAGUUUCAUGCGUAUAUGGAAAGCCAUGGACACGAUGCCGGUGAAGUCGUUCGGGACGGUGCCGGUCAUGGUAAAGCCGACAACAAAAUAA